GAGCCUAUAUUCAGUAAGAGUAAUCAUGAGUUGUUUAAUAUCAAUAGCGUUUUAUGUGCUCUUGGCUGGAAUUCUUCUAAAGAUCUACUCAAAACUGUCAAUGGGAUGGUGUAGAGCUGAAGUGUGUCUCGUAGGAAAAACAGCUUUGGUAACAGGCGGUAAUUCUGGUAUUGGAUACGAAACUGCCCUGCAUUUAGCGUCUAGAGGAUGCAGGGUGAUAAUUGCCGAUGUCGUUGAUUCUGAAUCCAGUAGAAAACAAAUUGUUGAAGAAACUGGUAAUGACAAUAUCAUCUACAAAUGGAUAGACUUGGGCAGUUUGCUGUCAACUCGAAAAUUUGCCGAAGAUAUAAUCAAGACUGAACCCAGAUUGGAUAUCCUGAUCAACAACGCAGGUGUUGCUGGUUUUGCUGAAAUCUGCAGCGACGAUGGAAUAUUGAUGGAUAUGCACAUUAACCAUUUCGGUUCAUUCCUUUUAACACACCUAUUAGUUGAUAUCUUAAAGAAAACGCCAAAAAGUCGCAUUGUAUUUGUCAGCUCAAUUGGGGCAUUCCUGCACCAGGUAAAUACAGUAGAAGACAUCAAUAGACCAGCCAGGUUUUCUCAUAAAACCUUUAAAUCUUUAUUGCAAUAUAAUAACAGCAAGUUAUGUAAUAUAAUCUCAGCGAGGGGUUUCGCCAAAAGACUUUCGAAACACAGUAUCACAGUGAACGCCGCAUAUCCAGGCAUAGUUUGUACGCCUAUCUUUACUUCCAUUCGAAAUCGCAUUGGAGAAAGCACAUGGGUUUUCAAAAUGAUCAACAUAUUCACUUGGUCCUUUGGGAAAAGUGCCAAGGAAGGCGCUCAGACAACGUUGCAUUGCGCCAUCGAUAAAUCCGUUGAAGGAAUAUCCGGGAAAUUUUUCUUGGAUUGCAAAGUCUUUAAACUCCCGCCAAAAGCAGCCGACGAUGAUUUCUCAGAAGCCGUUUGGACUGAGAGCGAGAAGAUAGUAAAAUUGUCCCAAGAGGAGAAAAUACAAUAAUCAUAUUAAAUAUUUUUGUAGUAAUAUUAUUUGCAACUUUAUCAUAAGUAAUGUUAAUAAU